AUGUUAGGAAAUCGACUGUUGAGACAAUUUUAUUUUGGCGUUAUUCCCAAUAUUCCAAUUGAUGCUCAAUGGUCACAAAAUGGAAAGACUGUUGCUGGAGGUAAUGGAUAUGGAAAUGCCACAAAUCAACUCGCGAACCCUUGUGGUCUCUUCAUUGAUGAUGAUCAAACGAUGAUUAUUGCUGACUGCUACAAUCAUCGUAUCGUCCAAUGGAAGAUGGGUGACACGAAUGGACAAGUUGUAGCUGGUGGCAAGGGUCAAGGAAAUCGCUUAGAUCAAUUGAAUUGCCCAACCGAUGUGCUAAUCGACAAAGAGACUGAUAGUGUCAUUAUUUGCGAUUACGGGAAUAGACGAGUUGUACGAUGGUCUCGUCGUAGUGGCACAACUCAAGGAGAAAUCCUCAUUGACAACAUCAGGUGUUAUGGGUUGGCCAUGGAUGAUCAGAGAUAUCUCUACGUCUCUGACACGGAAAAAGAUGAAGUAAGACGAUAUCAAAUAGGAGACAAGAAUGGAAUUAUCGUGGCUGGUGGAAAUAGCACAGGUGCUGGUCUCAGUCAACUCAACUAUCCGACUUACAUCUUUGUCGACCAACAACAGACUGUCUACGUGUCAGACAAGGACAAUCAUCGUGUAAUGAAAUGGAAUAAAGGUGCAAAAGAAGGCAUUGUCGUCGCUGGAGGUCAAGGUGAAGGGAAGACUCUGACACAAUUGUUGCAUCCUGCCGGACUCUUCGUCGAUAUGUUGGGUGCCAUCUAUGUGGCAGAUUCGGGGAAUCAUCGAGUCAUGCGUUGGUCUAAAGGAGCAAAACAGGGUACUGUCAUUAUGGGUGGAAAUGGUAAAGGAGCAGGAGCAAAUCAGUUCAAUCUCCCCGUUGCUUUGUCUUUCGAUCGACAAGGCAAUCUUUAUGUCGUCGAUGUUCUUAAUCAUUGUGUUCAAUUUUUUUCAAUUCAAUAA